UUGCAGUCAAAAAUAAAAAUACGCAAAGAAAAAAAUGUUGUAUAUAUUCAGGCGCUUUGCCGCCACAACCAACUUCCAAGUCAAUGACACAAGUCACCAUCGCAAAAAAUAGUGGCGCACACAUACAAUUGCAAACAUCAGGGAUAACAAUAACACACCCAAGAGUAAAACGUGCGCAAAGUAAACGUCGUUACUGCAUCGCAACAAAAAAAAAACAAAAACAACAAAAAGAGCAAUAACAACACAUUCACUCACACCGCACACUAGCGCUGGGCAAAAGUGCGCUCUCACACAAACUCUCAGCGCGACAAGCUCUCUGCUCUCCACUGUCAAUAGCAAAAGCUACGCGCCAGUCAGCAGCUAUCACAAUUGCUGACGUUUACUCGCCACUUGCAACAGACUUUUAGCACAAGUUUUAGUACAAUCUGGCAUACACGUCAGAGCAUACUGUAAUAAAAAACAAUAACAAUAGCAAAUCGUUAAGACGAACAAUACGGUGCGACAACAAUAAAACAAAAUAAACAGUAGAAUACAAAAACAAAGAAACAUCAUAGAAAGCAAGAAACCAGAAGCAAGCAAGUGCAGCAAAAAGAGACGGUAACCGCCGCUGCAACCGGCUCCCAUGUAUUCGCUCGUCAAAAGCGUACACGCGCCUAUAGUUAUGCACUGAAUUGCAUUGCAAGACAAUCAUUUCGUACUCGUACACAUAUUUGUAUGUGUGUUUGUGUUAUUUUACACAGAUUCCAUUUAACGGCACUCAAUGCACUUGAUAAUCCAUAAAUUACGCGAAUUGUAGAAAAUGUCAUCGCUACGCAAUUUAGCCACUUUUUGGCUAAAUUGCAAAUUUAUUUGCCUUUUGAUUGUGUUACUACUGCUAUGCGAGAGCGUUGUGCAGGUGCACGCGAAUCCGGACGCCAAACGUCUCUACGAUGAUUUACUAAGCAAUUACAAUCGCCUCAUACGACCGGUCAGCAAUAAUACGGAUACUGUUUUGGUGAAACUCGGGUUGCGUUUAUCACAGCUGAUCGAUUUGAAUUUAAAAGAUCAAAUUUUAACAACAAACGUUUGGCUCGAACACGAGUGGCAGGAUCACAAAUUCAAGUGGGACCCUUCAGAAUAUGGCGGAGUAACAGAGCUGUACGUGCCAUCGGAGCAUAUUUGGCUGCCUGAUAUUGUGCUCUAUAAUAACGCCGAUGGCGAGUACGUCGUUACCACCAUGACCAAAGCCAUUCUUCAUUACACGGGGAAAGUUGUUUGGACUCCGCCUGCAAUUUUCAAAUCGUCCUGUGAAAUUGAUGUACGCUACUUCCCGUUCGAUCAGCAGACGUGUUUCAUGAAAUUUGGCUCAUGGACCUAUGAUGGUGAUCAGAUUGACUUAAAGCACAUCAAUCAAAGGAACGAUAAAGACAACAAAGUCGAAAUCGGCAUAGACCUGCGUGAAUAUUAUCCCAGCGUGGAAUGGGAUAUAUUGGGAGUGCCUGCAGAGCGUCAUGAGAAAUACUAUCCCUGUUGCGCUGAGCCAUAUCCAGAUAUUUUCUUCAACAUAACACUUCGCCGUAAGACUCUCUUCUACACUGUCAAUCUCAUUAUACCCUGCGUAGGCAUCUCAUAUCUAUCGGUGCUCGUAUUCUAUCUGCCCGCCGAUUCUGGUGAGAAGAUCGCGCUUUGCAUCAGCAUUCUACUCUCGCAAACAAUGUUCUUCCUGCUGAUCUCCGAAAUCAUACCGUCUACAUCGUUGGCAUUACCACUACUUGGGAAAUAUCUACUCUUCACUAUGUUGCUGGUCGGGCUGAGUGUUGUCAUCACGAUUAUUAUACUCAACAUACACUACCGCAAGCCGAGCACACACAAAAUGGCGCCAUGGGUGCGUGCCUUCUUUAUCAAACGCCUGCCCAAGCUGCUGUUGAUGCGCGUACCCAAGGAUCUGUUGCGUGAUUUAGCGGCCAGUAAAAUCAAUUAUGGCACCAAGUUCAGCAAAACCAAAUUCGGCAAAGCGCUCAUGGAUGAAAUGCAAAUGAAUUCGGGCAGUUCCAGUCCAGAUUCGCUACGACGCAUGCAGGGGCGCAUGGGCGGCAUAGGCGGUGGCGGUUGCAAUGGACUGCAUGCAACUAGCGCCACAAAUCGCUUUAGCGGUCUGGUAGGUGCUUUGGGAGGCGGCUUAAGCACGUUAAGCGGUUACAAUGGAUUACCCUCGGUGCUAUCCGGCCUAGAUGAUUCACUGAGUGAUGUGGCGCAGCGCAAGAAGUAUCCAUUCGAGUUGGAAAAGGCUAUUCACAAUGUUAUGUUCAUACAACAUCACAUGCAACGUCAGGAUGAAUUCAAUGCGGAAGAUCAAGAUUGGGGCUUUGUUGCCAUGGUGCUGGAUCGUCUCUUCCUAUGGCUCUUCAUGAUCGCAUCGCUUGUGGGCACAUUCAUGAUUUUGUGCGAGGCGCCUUCAUUGUACGACGAUACAAAACCGAUCGAUGUGGAAUUGUCGGUUAUUGCCAAGCAAAUCUACAACUUAACCGAAAAGAAAUCUUAAAUAUAGAGAGACGUAAAAUAAAUCGAGAAUUAAAAAAACGAGCUAAAAUUCGAAAAAGCUGAGCUUAAAUAAAUAAUCACUUGGACUACAGGCGCAUAGUGUGCAAACUGAAUACAGAAAAUUCUAUUGCAAAACCAAACUAAAGUUUCAAAAGCUA